UCUCUCUCUCUCUCUCUCGCUCUGUCUCUCCUCACAGGGACAGACAUGGCUGACGGAGUUCGUGAGGAGAGAUACGGGUAAUUUUGUAUAUUUCACCGCUUAGAGAUUUGAGAGCUGUAUGCUUCUGAUGGAUAUGAAGGCGACGGUGUUCGUAGGCGUAAUUUACAGGUUAAAUUGUUCGGGAGGGGAGAGGCUCUGAUGCUGGCAGCACCAUCACUGUGAAAUAAACGACAAACUCUUUGGCAGAAGCCAGCAGAUACACCAAAGCCAUCAAAAUGUCUAAAAGCAAGAGCUCUGAAUCUGUUAAGGUAGUGGUGCGUUGUCGCCCCAUGAAUGAGAAAGAGCGAGCCGCCAACUUCGAGCGGGUGGUCUCAGUGGAUGUGAAGUUAGGCCAAGUGGCUGUGCGCAACUUUCGAGGAGCGUCCUCUCAUGAUCACCCCAAAGUGUUCACCUUUGAUUCUGUCUAUGACUGGAAUUCAAAGCAGAUGGAGCUCUACGAUGAGACUUUCCGGCCAUUGGUGGACUCUGUACUUUUUGGCUUCAAUGGGACCAUCUUUGCAUACGGCCAGACAGGCACCGGAAAGACUUACACGAUGGAAGGGGUACGAAACGACCCCGACAGGAGGGGUGUCAUCCCCAACUCCUUUGAACACAUUUUCACGCACAUCUCCCGCUCUCAGAACCAGCAGUACUUGGUCAGGGCUUCAUACUUGGAGAUUUAUCAAGAAGAGAUCAGGGACCUUUUAUCGAAGGACCAGUCGCGCCGUUUGGAGCUCAAAGAGAGACCGGAUACAGGCGUCUAUGUUAAAGACCUCUCUUCGUUUGUCACUAAAAGUGUUCGUGAGAUUGAGCAUGUGAUGAACGUGGGGAACCAGAACCGCUCAGUUGGUGCAACUAACAUGAACGAGCACAGCUCUCGCUCUCACGCGAUCUUCGUCAUAACCAUUGAGUGCAGUGAGUUGGGUCCUGAUGGAGAAAACCACAUUCGGGUUGGGAAACUCAACCUCGUUGACCUGGCAGGAAGUGAAAGACAGACCAAAACUGGUGCUCAAGGCGAGCGCUUGAAAGAGGCCACCAAAAUCAAUCUUUCUUUGUCAGCUUUGGGUAACGUCAUCUCAGCGCUGGUGGACGGGCGAAGCACCCACAUCCCGUAUCGUGACUCUAAACUUACAAGACUGCUUCAGGAUUCCUUGGGUGGAAAUGCCCGGACCGUUAUGGUGGCCAACAUUGGACCUGCUUCCUACAAUUUGGAAGAGACUCUGACUACUCUACGCUAUGCAAAUCGCGCCAAAAACAUCAAGAACAAACCCCGCGUCAACGAAGACCCCAAGGACGCUCUGCUUCGGGAGUUUCAGGAGGAGAUUGCCCGCUUGAAAGAACAGUUGGAGAAAAGGUCUGGCAGGAAGAGGAGAAAAAGGAGGAGGAGGAGGGUUGGAGAAGGAGGAGAGGAGUUAGAAGAUGGGGAAGAGGAUGAGGAGGAGGAUGACGAUGAAGACGAAGGAGUGGAUGCGGAUAAGAACAACGCGGAUUAUUGGCGUGAGCAACAGGAGAAGCUGGAGAAGGAGAGGAAGGCCAUCAUGGAGGAUCAUAGCCUGGUGGCGGAGGAGAAACAGCGGCUGCUGAAAGAGAAGGAGAGGAAGAUGGAUGAUCUUCACAAAGAGAAGGAGGCUUCAGAGAUGCUGGCGGCCAAAGUUAAGGCCAUGGAGAGCAAGCUGCUGGUGGGAGGCAAGAACAUUGUCGACCACACCAAUGAGCAGCAGAGGAUUCUGGAGCUGAAGAGACAGGAGAUAGCCGAACAGAAAAGGCGUGAAAGGGAAAUGCAGCAGGAGAUGGAGUGUCGUGACGAAGAGACACUGGAACUGAAAGAGACGUACAGCUCACUGCAGCAGGAAGUUGACAUUAAGACCAAGAAACUCAAAAAGCUCUUUUCCAAGCUUCAGUCUGUGAAGGCGGAGAUUCAGGACGCCCAGGAUGAACACGUCAAAUACAGGCAGGAGCUGGAGCAGACGCAAAAUGAGCUGACCAGAGAACUCAAACUCAAACAUUUGAUCAUAGAGAACUUCAUCCCACUGGAGGAGAAGAACAAGAUUGUGACAAGAGCCACUUUUGAUGAAGAAGACGACCUUUGGAAAAUUACCCCCAUCACCCGUAUUCAAAAUGAUCAGCAGAUGAUGAAAAGGCCUGUUUCUGCAGUGGGCUACAGACGGCCUCUGAGUCAGCACGCCCGUAUGGCCAUGUUAAUGCGGCCUGAUGUCAGAUACAAGGCUGAGAAUAUCUUGCUGCUCGAGUUAGACCUUCCCACCCGGACCACAAAAGACUACGAGGGGCCGGUGAUCGCGCCUAAAGUGGCUGCGGCUCUGGAGGACGCUCUGAGGGAGGAGGACGAGAUCCAGGUGGACGCCUCUGGUCUUCGUGCCAGCCUGGGCUCCAGUCCAGGCCUCAGUGCCUCAGCUGCUGGGUUUUCCAAGAAACCAAAGUCAGGCCGCCCAAAAACUGGCAAGAAGGUGAGCACUCCAACUUCAGCUCACAGCCCUUUGUCCGGUUUAGGGUCCCCUCUUUACCCGCAGUCCCGAGGCCUUGUGCCUAAAUGACACUGGCCCUCUGUGAAAACCUUCACUGCUCCAUAUAAACUGACUCACUUUAGCAUUAAAGUUGUCAGUUUUUAAACACAGGUGGAACAUCUUGGUGUGGUAUUUGAACCCACCAGUCGGCCCUCAAGCUACCUUGUUUUUAGAUGUCGCUUCAACGUCCUGUUCAUAGCACCUAAAAAAAAAUCACAUUUGGCAAGCUUUAAAGUCUUAAAGCUCACUGCAAGAUAAAGUUCCACAGAUUUAGUUUGCACUAAAGCAAGAUGUUACAUGUUUUUUGUGUGCGUGUGAGGUCAUUGAGACAGCAGAUGGUCUCGCCAUUGACUGUACGUGUAGUUACAUCAUUGUGGGGAUGUUUUUGUCUGUGUCCAGUUUUAGGAUUAACAAAUUUCUCACAUAAAGUAGCUGGAGAUGAGAUUUAUGCUGGUUUGGGCCACAAAAAGCACUGUAUUGUUGUUGUUUGACGAGAGAGUAAGCACAUUACGUCAUUGGCUAAGACCCAAAACAACCUCUAAGCCUUUCUCGAAGACUCUUUUGAGUCGCUUGGGUUGGGGGAAGGGCCCAGAAACAGACUCUUGAUUUGGGCUGUCAUCGCAGUCAGUGCUGUAUCCAGUUGGGAGUUUAACGGUCAUCACAUACUAAAAAUAUCAGGGUUCCAAGGUGCCUUAGAUUCUCUUUACAUACAGAAGUUUGGUCUGAGAAUCCCUUGACCUGAUAGCUGGACAGUAGAACGUGCAAUCCACAAAAACCCCAGUGGAUGGUUCCUGAAUGCUUUGAAUUACACUAUAAGCCUGUUGUGUUGGGCAGGCUUGUAUUUAAUGUUCAAAUGUUCAAAGGGACAGUUGACCCAAAAAUGAAAAUUAUGUCAUUAAUUAUUCAGCCUCAUGUCAUUCCAAACCUGUAAGACCUUUGUUCAUCUUCAAAACACAGAUUAAGAUAUUUUUGAUGAAAUCCAAAAGCUUUCUGACCCUGCAUAGACAGCAACACAACUACAAUGUUCAAGGCCCAGAAAGGUAGUAAAGACAUUGUUGAAAUAGUCCGUGUGACAUUAGUGGUUUAACUGUAAUGUAGCUAUGAGAAUACUUUUUGUGCACAAAGAAAACAAAAAUAACGACUUUGUUCAACAAUUUUUUCUCUUCCAUGUUCAUGAGAAUACCACAAUGCAUAAAAUCGUUAUUUUGCUUUCUUUGCACACAAAAAAGAUUCUUGUUGCUUCAUACAGUUGAGGUCAAAAGUUUACAUCCCCCUUUCAGAAUCUGCAAAAUUGUUGUUUUACCAAAAUAAGAGGGAUCAUACAAAAUGCAUGUUAUUGUUUAUUUACAACUGACCUGAAUAUGAUAUUUCACUUAAAAGAUGUUUACAUAUAGUCCACAAGAGAAAAUAAUAGCUGAAUGUAUAAGAAUGACCCCGUUCAAAAGUUUACAUACACUUGAUUUUUAAUACUGUGUUCUUACCUGUGUGAUCCACAGCUGUGUUUUUUGUUUGUUUUUUGUUUAGUGAUAGUUAUUCAUGAGUCCCUUAUUUGUCUUGAACAGAGAAGUCCUUUGGGACCUACAGAUUCUUGAUUUAUUAGCAUUUUUGUGUAUUUGAACCCUUUCCAGCAAUGACUAUAUAAUUUUGAGAUCCAUUUUUUCACACCAAGGACAACUGAGGGACUCAUAUGCAGCUAUUACAGAAAGUUCAAACGCUCACUGAUGCUCCAGGAGGAAAAACGGUGCAUUAAGAGCCGGGGGUGAAAACUUUUGAACCGAAUGAAGAUGUAUACCUUUUUUUUUUUUCUUUCAUAUUUUUAAAUUUAGUACUGCCCUUCCGAGGCUACAGAAGAUUACGUGUUUCUCAGAAGACAAAAUAAGUUAAAUUUGCUCUGUUCUUCAAAUUCAAAAAGUUUUUACCCUCCAGCUCUGAUGCGUUGUGCUUCUUUCUGAAGCAUCAGUGAGUGUUUGAACCUUCUGUAAUAGUUGCUUAUGAGUCCCUUAGUUGUCCCUUAGUGUGAAAAGAUGGAUCUCAAAAUCACACAGUCAAUGUUGGAAAGGGUUCAAAUACACAGAAAUGCUGUAAAACCAAUGAAUUUGUGAGACCUAAAUGAUUUUUCUGAAGAACAGCGGGCAGUUUAACUGUUCAAGACAAACAAAGGACUCAUGAACAACUAUCACUAAAAUAUAAACAAACAAACACAGCUGUGGAUCAUUCAGGUGCUGGGAAUCAAGGGGAUGUAAACUUUUGAACGGGGUCAUUUUUAUAAAUUCAACUAUUAUUUUCUCUUGUGGAUUAUAUGUAAAUGUCUUUUAUGUGAAAUACCUUCUUUAGGUCUGUACUAAAUAAAAAAUAACACACAUUUUGUAUGAUCCCUCUUAUUUUUUGUAAAAUAAUUAUUAUUUUGCGGAUUCUAAACUUUUGACCUCAACUGUAUCAUUACAGUUGAACGUAGUAGUUGCGUCGCUGUGUAUGCAGGGUGAUAAAGCUCUCGGAUUUCAUCAAAAAUUUCUUAAUUUGUGUUCCAAAGAUGAACAAAGUUCUUACAGGUUUGGAGCGACAUACAGGUAAGUAAUUAAUAACAGAAAUUUUGUUUUUGGCUGAACUAUCCCUUUAAGUUGGGGAUCUGUAAACAAGAGUUUGACAUGAGUAAGUCUUAUUGAACUGUCAAACCUUGAAGGUAAUACCAUUGCCUGCUGCUACUGUAGGGUUCCUUUACCCCUUGUGUCAUAGCAUACAGUUUAUGUAUAUUGAGACUUGUUAGUAUAAAAAAUCUGCAUUAUCAUUGCAGUUGUAUUAAAAUCGAAAAAAUAAUAAAUGCAGUCUUAGAGUAACAUUUUGAAAGGCUAAGUUAUUACCAUACUAGUCAGUUUUAUAUUCAAGCAAUUGUAGAUAGUUUUUAACAGUGGUAUUUUCUUUGCUUAGAUUUAUAUGGUUUAUUUUUGAAUAUGUAUUAUUUAAAGUUGUGUACAAAGUUAUUUUUGCAUAUGAGAUUUAAGUAUCAUUUUCAUGUGAUUCAUUACGUUCUUUUGUGUUAAGCGGAUUACGUUGUCAUUUAGCAAACGUACAGCUUUUGGAUUGUCAGAAUGUACUGCAAAUCCUGAUGCUGGUCAUUGAGUGUGAAUUAGUUAAUUUAAAUACUGUAUGCAUUAUCUAAUCAAUAUUCAUGCUGCCACUCCUGGCUGUAUUAUUGCAUAAGUCAUUAGUUGACGUCUCGUUACUUUUGAGGUUUUAGCAUGACAUAAAAACAUCUAAAACGUUAUAGGCAAAAUGAAACUGUAUGUCUGCAGUCAAUACUCCACUUUCACCUUCUUCCAUGUGAUGCAUGAGUUCAGUGCUGAUAAACACACUGAAAAAAAUAAAUUUACUGUUCACACAGAUUUUUUUGUACUAAGAUGUUUUUGAAUUUGUAUUUGAGUUUAGAAUGCAAAUGUCCUCAAUGUCUUAACCAUCUUUGAAUUAAAGGAUGAUUAUUAGCUA